AUGACCACUAAAACAAAUCUAAAAAGAAUUCGAGAGAUUAUUACUACAAAUACUAUUGAUGAAUUUGACACCAACAUUUUUGAGGAUGAUGAAUCGAAUUCUGAUUCAGAUUAUCUUUCUGAAACUGAAUCUGAAUCUCAUGACACAUCCACUGAUGAAUGUAUUUCCAAAGAAGAUGAGUCAUGUGAUCCGAAUGUCAGUGAUGACAUUAUCCAUUUAGAUAUAAAUGCUCAGCCUGAAACAAUAGAAAAAGAUGGUCUUUUGUGGUCAACACAAAAAAGUACAGCUCCUGGCCGUUUACGUGCGACCAAUGUUAUGAAGAAAAAACCCAGUUCCGUAACUGCAGUACAAACAAUAAUAGAGACAUUCAAACUAUUUAUCACAAAUGAAAUUCUAAAUGAAAUUGUUUUACGAACAAAUAAAUAUGCUAGUAGACACUUUGAUCAAUAA